AUGGUAAAGACUGAUAGAUGUAAGAAACUGUUAACAUGUAACGAGAAAACUUUGGACCCAGAAAGGCCUGGAAGAAUAGAGAGCCUAUAUGUGAACUGCAGUCCUUCAUUGUUGCUGAAUAUUGCCCUUGCACUCCAACAUGUGUUGGUACUGUACUCUCUGUGUGUGCUGGUUGUGGAUACACUCAUUCAGGACGUAGACAAAGAGAGAACAGUGGCCUAUGUGCUCUUUUACUCAGGUGUAUCGACACUACUGCAGAGCUGGAUUGGAUCACGUUUGCCAUUGAUCCUGGCUCCAUCUUUGGACUUUCUGAUCCCUGCCUUGGCCCUGCUUUCUGCUCAGUCAGGGACUGCUGUGGCCUGCAGGGGGCAGUGCACUGAACCAGAGGAGCCUGUGGCCCCAGCACACCCAUUAAGAGAGGUAGAGCACAGUGCUGUCCGUGGUGCUGAACAUUCAGACCACCCUCCAUUGUCACAUUGUUCUACAGUAGCGCAUACCCCAGCACUCCCCCUGCUGUCUGGAAAAAGCAUUGCAGCAGGAGGCCUGUCUGCCAGCAUUAGCUCUCCGGCUGUUAGGCUCCUGAAGGCUCCUGUGCCCCCAGCACAUGCCUGUAACAGGGGCCUGUGUUUGGAUGGACUGGGAAGUGUGCUCUCUGGCCUGAUGGGGGCACCAGUAGGACUGUGCAGCAGUGUGCCUAAUGCAUGUGUUAUUGGGCUCAGCCAGUCUGGGUCCCGGAGCACAGUGCAGCUCGCUGGGGUGUUGUUGUUAAUUCUGGGUGUGUCUCCUCAGUUAGCUCAGAUACUCUGCUCAGUUCCUCUGGCCGUCCAUGGUGCUGUGCUUGGCGUGACCUACACACUUGCCGUAGCUACAGGCAUAACUUAUUUCCAACAUGCAGAUGGUGACUCAGGACGCAACAUUUUUAACAUCGGCUUUACAGUGUUUAUGUCAUUAGCACUGCCGCGCUGGUUCAAACCCCACUCUAGUUUUAUACAAACAGGUGUACACAGUGUUGGCGUUUUUCUCCAGUCUCUUUUAACCUUACCCAUUUUCUUUGUGGGGGUUUUGGCUUUUCUUCUAGAGCACACUGUUUCAGGGACUUUGCCUGAGAGGGGUCUUGUGCGACCUGAAGGCACAAAGAAGAUUCUGUCUCUGGCCGAUCAGCAGCAGGGAUACAGCCAUAGUCCAGACUCAGUGUAUGGCCCUCCUCCACCUGUGAUGAAAGUGCUGGACCUGAGCGGCUUGAGAAGCGUCCUCUUCUGUGCCUGCAGAAGCCCACCUGUUGAAGAGGUGGUAGUGACAGUACCAGAGAUGUCUAGCUUAUUACCUGACAAGGAUGCUGGUGUUAGCAGUGGCUGA